AUGCUUACUCUGACCGUCCCUGAAAACUACGGCUCCGUCAUUGCCGUCGCUCUGGGCGCCAUCCCCGUCCUGAGCUUCGUCCAUGGCGCCGUCGUGUCUCGUCUCCGUAAGCACGCCGAUUGCCCCUACCCUCACUGCUAUGCGACCGUAGAGCAGUGCAAGACCAACCCCAAGGCUGAGCAGUUCAACUGCGCUCAGCGCGCUCAUGCCAACUUCCUUGAGAACUCCAGCCAAACUAUGCUCUUCAUCCUGGUGGCUGGAUUGAAGUACCCCCAGUUGGCAACUGGCCUUGGAAGCAUCUGGGUUCUCGGUCGCUCACUGUUCCUUUACGGAUACGUGUACUCCGGCAAGCCGCGGGGUCGCGGUCGUUUGUACGGCAGCUUCUACUUGCUUGCGCAGGGAGCUCUUUGGGGAUUGACCUCUUUUGGAGUCGCGAGGGAGUUGAUUUCCUACUUUUAA